UGCCAUGCAGAAGCAUAAACAUACAACUCUCCUCCUUUUGGGUGACCAUUAAUCUAAUUGUUUCCUUCACGAUCUAAUUUAUUGUUCUUUGAAUAUUCUCUGUGUUUCAUUGGAUUCUUCCGUCAAUUAUUUGUUGGGAUCAAAGAAGACGAUGAUGAAGAGGGAUAAUCCACUGCCCUUGAAAUCCUUGAACCACAUCUCGGUGGUGUGUCGAUCGGUUGAGAGAUCCCUCGAUUUCUAUCAGAACGUUCUUGGAUUCUUCCCUAUUCGGAGGCCUAAUUCCUUCGAUUUUAAUGGAGCCUGGUUAUACAGCUAUGGCAUUGGCAUUCAUCUGUUGCAAUCUGAACACCCGGACAACAUGCCCAAGAUUAACCAGAUCAAUCCCAAGGAUAAUCACAUUUCUUUCCAAUGCGAGAGCAUGGCGGCGGUGGAGAAGAAGCUGAAGGAGAUGGAGAUCAGGUACGUGAAGAGCAGGGUGGAGGAGGGUGGAAUCUACGUCGAUCAGCUCUUCUUCCACGAUCCCGACGGCUCCAUGAUCGAGAUCUGCAACUGCGACAACUUGCCAGUGGUCCCUCUAGCCGGCGACCAGUCCGCCGCUCAGUCCUGUUCGCUCAUCAACUGCAGCGUCCAGAAGCAGCAGCAGCAGCAGAUCAGACAAUUGAUAUAGAUAUCAUCAAAUGGUUUGAUCUGGGUACCGUUGAAUAGCUUCAGUGUUGGUCAUGAUGAUGAUGAUGUGCUUGAACGGUGGAGAUCCAAGUGUUCAGUUGUUUCCUUCUGAGCAUAAAAAUGCAUAUGUGUGUUAUCUUCAAUGUUGUAUUGAUUUUUAGUUUUUUUUUUUGUGCCCAUUUCAAUUCAAGAAAAGAGGUUUUGUAUUCUCCCGUGCUGCAUCUGAAUGGGAGCGUUUCAAUUUUUUUUUUUGAAAUUUGAAAUAAUAUACAUUAAAAAAUGACAACACA